UGAUAAUAAUGCUGAAGAUCGAGACAACAUGAAUCAUUGAUCAUUACCAUAUUAUUACACAUUUAAAGUAAAAUAGUUUAUAUGUGUUUGAAAUCAUGCAUCAAGAUGUUAACACAAACUCUAGAGGGUCUUUAUUAAACAAAAUGGAAGUGGAAUCGGAUUCAGAUGUUCCUGAAUUCUCUUUACCACCAAAAAGCAUUGUAAAACGGCCGAAGAAAACGAUUAGGAGAAGAACUCGGUCAAGAUGGAGAAAGUGUUGUAAAACGUAUUGUCGUUACUGUGGUGUUGUUCUACUGGCACUCGUUCUAUGUGCUUGUAUCAUGGCUAUUGCGUUGCUGUCUUGGUCUUCUUUCAGAUUGUCUAGAGAGGUGGAAAAUUUAACUCGUCGCCUUACUAUAGAAAUAAAUCUUGUUAAAACAGAGCAGAUGACCAAUGUUCAGAAAUGUGAAUCAAUUGAAAAAAGAAUGCAAGAAAACAUGAAAGUGUUGGAAAAUGGUCAGAAGGAUAUUAAGGAAUUCAAAAAAAAGUUACAAAUGUCUUAUGCUAAGAUCACCAGUCUGAAUGGAUCAUUGUUGAGAAUAUCCCACAUGUUACAUGGCCCUAAUGGUAAGGUGACGCUAGGUCACACUGUAAAUGCUUUGAAGAAAGGAAUGGCAGAUACUGGUGCUGAAAUAACAAAAUUAAGCGAUGAAAUUAAACAGCUGAAUAAAAAAGCCUCAUCACAAAAUAGAGCCCUAAAGAGAAUAGUUCUUGGGAUGUUUAAUAUUUCAUCUGAGAUUGCAAAUAUAACAGGAAAGUCAUCAAAGUCAUUCCCGGAUAGUCAAGAUUACCUUCAGCAAGAAUUCAACGAACAAAAUAACUUUGUUGAAGAAAAAUGUAACCACUCAUUGAAGAAUUCAGAAGUCUAUGAUGUUAUUGAUACACUGAACAAAUCAUUGUCUGAACAGGUGGAACAUCUGUUAAAGAUAAAACCAGGGUUGACCAACACUCAUAAUGAAGAUGUUGUUGAUAUUUCUGCUGAUAUAUCCCGAGUUCAACGAGAUAUGUCCGUAAUUAACCGAUUAAUUACAAAAUUGAACAUGCAAGUUCGAAACCUUACUCAAUCUAACACGAAUUCUUAUGAAAUCAAUAAUCAAAUACAACUGCUUUGGGGAGAACUUGAGUUACAAAAUCAAUCUAUUAUUCAAAUUCAAAAUCUUGUAGAACAAAAUACGGAGUUUAAACCAGGAGUUUCAUCGCGACGUCGCGUUGAAUUGAAACAGGAAUCUUUGCCCGAGAAUGAUGGUGAGAUAUUUCCUAAAGAUAGACAAUCAGAUGCCAAUGAACAGAAAAGGGACACUCUUAGAACGAGAUUUAAAAAAUUAAAUUCAAAUUCAGAAAAGAAAUAUUCACACAAACUGAGGGACUUAAUUGAUGACAAUGUCCAGUUAAUUUAAUUUAAUUUAAUUUAAUUUAAUUUAAUGAUUUCCACGCCCUAGUUUGGUGCUGGCAAAGUGGACCGCACAAAUAACGACGUUGCACAAAAAUAAGGCCACACAAAUUUGAACUUUUUAGGAAUCGUUUUCUGCCAUUCUUUUUGUGAACUGACCUGUCUAGUCUCUACUGAUAAAAUGCAUGUUAGUUAACUAUUAAAAUCAACCAUCAAUCAAUCCAUCCACUAUUUUGAUCAGUGAACUUAACUAAAACUGUUGGUCGCAGUCCGGUCUGUAUAUUCUCUAGAUCCUGUGGUCCUAUUGAUGUAAAUGGAAAUUAAUUGAAUAGCUAUAUUAGCUAUAGAUUUAAUAAAUAGCAGUAUUAAAAACUAAAAGAUUU